AUGAUCGGUAGAUUGGUGUGUGCCGGUGUCCGGCCUGUGCUCCGGGGAUCAUCUCCAUCAUCCUCCGCCAUGAGCCGGGGACUGAGCGCCGACCACCGAGGUAAUCUUUUAAGGAACAAAACAAAAAGCACGAUCUGUGUAGAAGGGAACAUAGCAAGUGGAAAAACCAGCUGUCUCCAAUACUUCUCGAACACCGCAAACCUCGAGGUGUUAACGGAGCCUGUAGCUAAAUGGAGAAAUGUCCAUGGUCAUAAUCCCCUGGCCCUAAUGUACCAGGACCCUUCAAGAUGGGGACUUACAUUGCAGACCUAUGUGCAGCUCACUAUGCUGGAUGUCCACACAAGGCCAACAGAUGCUCCCGCUAAAAUGAUGGAGAGGUCCAUUCACAGCGCAAAGUACAUCUUUGUAGAAAACCUGUACAGAAGUGGGAAGAUGCCUGAAGUGGAUUAUGUGGUUUUAACGGAGUGGUUUAACUGGAUCACAAAGAACAUUGACCUCUCUGUAGACCUCAUAGUGUAUCUGCGGACGUCCCCAGAAACCUGUUAUCAAAGGUUAAAAAUGAGGUGCAGAGAAGAGGAGCGCGUGAUACCGCUGGAAUAUCUGUACGCCAUUCACAGUCUUUAUGAAGAGUGGCUCAUUAAGCAGACCUCUUUUUCUGUGCCAGCUCAGGUCCUUGUAAGUAUUGUAGAUGUGUGCUUUAUUGAUCCAAUUACUGCUUCAUGA